AUGUGUGAAAUCGAUAGAGCUCGUCGAGCUCGACCUGGAACCAAUGUUGCUUCACUCGAAAUGAUGCCGAAUGCGAAUCCGUCUCGAAAAAACCAAUGGUAUGCCAAUUCAAAGUUACAACGAAUAGGUCAGUAUGAAUGGAUGUCACUGUAUUUUGCCAAUAACGUUAUUGAUUAUCAUCGAUAUGAACUAAUCUUUUUCUUCAAAAAGAGUCAACUUAAAAUUCCAUGCAAAGCUGCGACAACUAGUUUGUCUCUCAUUUGGAUAUGUACGAAUUACAAGAGCAAGUGUUGA